AUGGGAACCACCGGCCAGCCCGCUAUUAUCUAUCUGCCCCCGGGAACGUAUCUUUUGAGCGCCUCGCUGCAAUUCUACGUCGGAACAGUCAUCGUGGGAGACCCGACCGAUCCCCCAACGCUGAAGGCAGCAUCGAAAUUCUCAGGGGAUCAUAUGGUCUACGCCAAGGAUCCCAGCUACGUCGGCACGAUCAAUUUCCAGAUCGGGAUUAAGAACAUCGUGCUGGAUUCCACAGCCGUCGAGGCAACCCAGGCGUUCAGUCUCCUCGAUUGGACCGUCAGUCAGGCGACACAAUUGACUAACGUUGGGUUCAAUAUGCCGACUGGGGACACGAACCACGUUGGGCUUACUACCCAGUAUGACUAUAAUAGUAACCUCAUUAUGGUAUGA